AUGAAUAGAGCUCAGGUGUAUGCAGAGACAAAUUCUCAGCAAAUUGCUGGUGCUUUAAAAUUCUUUGAUAUUUUCGGUGAUUUUUUGAAAUUUAAAUUCCAAACUAAGAAAAUUAAUUUAUUAGACAUUGGAAGUGGAUGUGGUAAAGUGUUGUCUGAAAUAACUUUUAAUAGAAGUAAAUUGAAUUUUAGCAAAAUCAUUGGAAUCGACAAAAGUAAUGAAAUGUUAAAGUUUGCAGUCAAAAAUUAUGAAAAUGAUUUGAUAUCUUUCUGCCUUAUGGAUAUUGAAGAAGAAAUUCCGAAAAUUUUAAGAGAUCAACAAUUUGAUAUGGUUACAUCAUUCUACUGUCUUCAUUGGAUAAAAGAUAUAAAGAAUGUAUUCGAAAAUAUUUAUGAGUUAUUAAAUUCCAAUGGAAUAUUUUGCUGUACAUUCCUUCAAUCAACAAAAAUAAAUGACAUUUGGGAUGCUUUGGCAAUAAAAUAUCCUUUGUACAUGAACGAUUGGAGACAGCAUUUUACACCUUUGUGGUCUCUUGAAAAUGCAAAUGAAAUUUUAAUAAAAUAUUUGCAAGAUUGUAAAUUUAAGAUUAUCAAAUUUCAUGAUGUAAAAAAUGAAAAAUUUGAAUUUAGAAACUUACAAAAAUAUUCAAAAAUGUUAGAGACUGUCAAUCCAUGUUUCAAUUCGAUGCCAGACUUUGUCCAAAAAAAGUUUUUGAAAGAUCAGAUAAGUGAAAUAAUGUCCUUAAAAAAGGAUGAUUUAUAUGUCGUACCAUUAAGAGUUAUGUAUUUUAUUGUAGAAAAAUAA